CAAAAUUGAAGCUUUAUCAUCUCAAAUGGUGGUGGCUCUCAGAUUAGGGUACCCAAUAAUUUUAUGCAGAUUGGUUUCUUCCAGGACCCAAAGUUUGGGUCUUGGAAAUCUAAAACCCUUCAAUGUUUCUCCUCAGAAUCACAGAAGACCCAUCAGCUCAGAAAGCUCAAAGAAAGCCAGUUUCACAGUCAAUUACCUCAUAAAAUCAUGUGGGUUGUCCCCAGAAGAAGCAAAUCUGGCAGCCACCAAGGUGGAGCUUCAAUCCCCAAAAGGAGCAGACUCUGUUUUGGCUCUUCUGAGCAGCCAUGGGUUAUCUGAAACCCAGAUCUUAAGGGUGGUUAGAUCAUACCCAAGAGUCCUUGUUGCUGAUCCUGAGAAGACCCUUGCGCCCAAGAUUGAAUUUUUCAGCUCUGUUGGGCUCUCAAGGGUGGACCUUGCUAGAGUGUUGACUUUUAAUCCACAACUUCUGUCAAGAAGCUUGGAGAAUCAGAUUGUGCCAUCUUACAAUUUGCUCAGGAGUUUGAUUUCGGAGGAGAAUGUUGUGGCGGUUUUAAAGCGCAGGUCUUGGUUGUUCUUGGAGAAUCAUUCAAGGAAUGUGAUGCCUAACAUUGAGCUUCUGAGAGAGUUGGGUAUGCCCAGAGCAUGCAUGUCUCUGUUGGUUGCUCAUGACACUCAAGUGUUGAUGCAUAAUCAUGAGGACCUUGCUCAGGUGAUAGAUGAGGUUAGGGGUAUGGGAUUUGAUUUGAAGAAGUCAACUUUUGUUGUAGCAUUGAGGGCAUUGUGUGGGAAGAGCUAUAGGGCUAUAUGGAAUCGAAAUCGAGAGAUUUAUAAAAAAUGUUGGGGUUGGUCUGAUGAUGAUGUUCUCUCUGCUUUUAGGAAGAGCCCUCAGUGUAUGAUUUUGUCUGAGAAGAAACUUAUGGAGACAAUGGAUUUUCUGGUGAAUAAGAUGGGAUGGCCUGCAGCAAUGAUUCCCACAUUCCCUGUCAUUUUGUGUUUCAGUUUGGAGAAUAGGAUCAUCCCGAGGUGUUCAGUUAUCAAAGUUUUGAUGAAGAAAGGAUUGGUAGAUGAAAACAUGAGUCUGGCUUAUGCGGUGCUGCCGGCAGAGAAGCGAUUCUUGGAGAGGAUGUAUGAUCUUUUGGGUAGCUUCGAGUUCCGAUUGGUGUUUGAUGCUGCACCAACUCCAUGGUAGCAGCUAGUUUUGCAGUGUACUAUGAGGUUGUGCCCUGUAUCCAAUCCAUUACAAUUCAGUUAAUGUUAUCAAAUUGGAAUUUCUUAAAUUUCACAAUUUACUGUUCAGGUUCUAAAUGCUUUUCAAAUGUGCAUUCUCGUUUCCUUGUAGCUAGCAUGAUUCAACAAUUCUGUGCCAUUUAAGUUUCUUCCUUGUUAGGAUGAAAUUGUUUACAUAUUCAUCAACUAAUGUGUCAGAACUCGGAAAACCUUAAACAAAAUGCAAAUGAGAACAUAGGAAUGUUGUAAAAUUGAAUUGGGUCCUACACCUACAUUUAUGUAUGCGCCAGGUUAUUCAAAUGAUGCCAGCAGUAACUUCAUCUGUUGUAAAAGGAGAAAAGAAUUUACUUCAGCACUAUCAAGAAUGCUCUUCCAAACAAUUUGUAAAGAGAACAUCUGUCCUUUUUUAUAUAUACUAAAUCAUUGGCUCUGAUAAAACUAAGCUGUAUAUAUGUAGGAUGCUAACACAGCUGCUUAUUUACAAUUUUAUGCUUGCAGUCAGUGGAGUGCUGGAUUAUAUAUGGCUGACGAACAAGCGUAUGAAGAUUCAAUAUCAGCCUUGGCACAGUCACCAGUUUGUUGGUUACAGGGAUUGUCACAUCUUCCAGUUAUGACAAAGGGUCUGAUGGCUUUGCCAUAAUGAAAGCAGAAGUCAUAAGAGCCAGGUCAUAUAUCACUCAAUUUAGAACUCACACAAUAGCAAUUGUUUCUACUUUCUAAUAUUAUUAUCUUUUAUACGAUAUCAGGUUUCAAAUUUGAAGUUCAAACCAACAAACUGAGAUCUAGCUAAUGUUUCUCUUAAGUAGCACCUCUCUUGCUUAGUUGACUAUCCUUGGACUACAUGUGCCAAAAAUGUUGUCUCGUCUGUGCACACAGUUUGUUGUUUAAUUAUGAUGAAUGCGUCACUGAAAGCCUUGGUGGUGGAAAGGAUAUUUCUUUGUGCUAUUAGGUAUCAUAGUGAAAGCUAAUAGUUCAGCAAAGAUUGAUUUGAGGCUUCAAAUAGAUGACAAAGUAGGGAAGUGAACACUGCACCCAAGUGUGUUGCGUCAUUGGCUCUCCCUGACUCCCUGGACUGGGUUCACAACCUUCCUUCUUAACAUCUUGUUUUCUGCUCCUUGGUGAGGGCUUUGUUCACGUGGUCUUCUUUCAGUUCUUUCACUUUGCUCUUUUUAUGUGUGAUGUUUUCCGGAGUAGAGAAGUUUGUGGAACCUGGAGCUGUAGUUAAGAAAAAAAUUGUCUAUCAAGACGGAUUCUGCUUGAAGACUACAAAGCUUCAUCUUCUUUACACUCCAAGCGUAUAAGACGGUCUAUUCGAGUCUAUCUUAAAUGCUCCUGGGUCCAAACAUCCUUCUCCAAAUAAGAGGAUAUCGGAAAAUGUCCAUUUAGUCCUAAUUGUAAUCUUUCAUUGCCUAUUCCAAUGACAAUCUUUUCUAUGAGCCCAUUUGAAUUAAAGUAAACUAUUUUUGUGCCCAAAUAGUCAAAUCUUUAUUAAAGUCUUAACAAACUAUAUUAUUUUAAGACUAUUUUGCCUCUAUCUCUUCAACAUGAAAAGACUUGACCGGAACCUCGGACUCCGGUCACCGGCCACCGGACUCCGAUCACCGGCCGCCGGACUCCGGUCACCGGAAUUUCCCUGACCUCCGGAUUUCGGUUACCGGAAUUUUCCCAACCGUCAGACUCCGGUCACCAGAAUUUCCCCAGUAACCAGAUACUGACCCUCAAUAACCAAUU